CCGCCGCAUGCCGCACACCAAGGCCGACGAGCUCCGCCGCAAGUGGCACAUCCUGGUCGAAGGAGACGAGAUCCCGCCGCCCGCCCGCGACUUCCGUGACCUCCGCUUCCCCGAGCCCGUCCUUCGGAUGCUCCGCGAGAAGGGCAUCGUGCAGCCCACGCCCAUCCAGGUGCAGGGGCUUCCCGUGGUGCUCUCCGGGCGGGACAUGAUCGGCAUCGCCUUCACCGGGUCCGGGAAGACUCUGGUGUUCGUGCUGCCCCUCAUCAUGGUGGCUCUGCAAGAGGAAAUGUUGAUGCCUAUUGUGCCUGGGGAGGGCCCGUUUGGCAUGAUCAUUUGCCCAUCACGGGAGCUGGCCAAGCAGACAUAUGAUGUCAUCGAUAUGUUCCUCACUCCACUCAAGCAGGCUGGGUUCCCAGAAAUACGACCAUUGCUUUGCAUUGGGGGUAUAGACAUGAGGACACAACUGGAUGUGGUGAAGAAGGGCGUACAUAUUGUGGUGGCCACACCUGGGCGGCUCAAGGAUCUUCUCGCCAAGAAGAAGAUGAACCUUGACAACUGCAGGUAUUUAACUUUAGAUGAAGCUGAUAGGCUUGUUGAUCUUGGAUUUGAAGAUGACAUUCGGGAGGUUUUUGACCAUUUCAAGGCACAAAGGCAAACCCUUCUUUUUUCUGCCACUAUGCCCAAGAAGAUUCAGAACUUUGCAAAGAGCGCCCUUGUAAAGCCAGUUAUUGUCAAUGUUGGAAGAGCUGGAGCAGCAAAUCUGGAUGUCAUCCAAGAAGUUGAGUAUGUCAAGGAAGAUGCCAGAAUUAUAUACCUCCUUGAAUGCCUUCAAAAGACUCCACCUCCUGUUCUUAUAUUUUGUGAAAACAAAGCUGAUGUUGACUACAUCCACGAGUAUCUUCUUCUAAAGGGUGUGGAAGCUGUUGCAAUCCACGGAGGCAAAGAUCAGGAGGAGAGACAGAAUGCGAUUGAGUUCUUCAAGAAUGGAAAGAAGGAUGUUUUGGUGGCUACUGAUGUUGCCUCAAAGGGUCUUGACUUCCCUGAUAUCCAGCACGUGAUUAACUAUGACAUGCCUGCCGAAAUAGAGAACUAUGUCCACAGGAUUGGUCGAACCGGUCGAUGCGGGAAAACGGGAAUAGCAACUACGUUCAUCAACAAGAACCAGACAGAGACUACGCUUCUUGACCUCAAGCACCUGCUCAAGGAAGCGAAGCAAAGAAUACCACCAGUGCUUGCUGAGCUCGUUGACCCGCUGGAGGAUGCUGAAGCUAUUGCCAAGGAGAGUGGUGUCAAAGGAUGUGCAUUCUGUGGUGGCCUUGGGCAUCGUCUUGCUGACUGUCCAAAGCUGGAGCACCAGAAGUCCGUGGCGAUCGCUGGCUCCAGAAGAGAUUACUACGGCGGUGGAGGUUACCGUGGAGAAAUAUGAUUACAUCAUCAUAUUAUUAAGAGUGUAUGCUUUAUCAAGAGGUAAAAUGCUGCAGCUUCAGCUCAUCCAUGCUUGAGAUAUCUUAAGAGUGAAGUAUCAUGCAAAUCUGAAGUUCCCUCCUUAGUCAUCGUAUCCUCGAAGAUUUGUCAUCACAUUAUGUUUCAAGUGAUGACGACUUUUGAUGUAAUAUAUUUCUCUGCAUACGAAGCUGUACUGUUGUAAUACUAUGUAUAUUGAGUGGCAGAUUUUUCUGUGAGGAGGGUAUUAUUUCUUGAGCACCA